UAUAAGCAAAUUAUCCGUCCCUCUCCGAACAUGUAAAUUUUACAUUAACCAAUAUUAUUCAGGUGUUUUCUAACUGAUCUUACCUCAUUAGCUAGCUACUAUUUGUCAUGCUCUCCCAGAACGAAAAUGGCACAAGGGAAUCAGGGAAUGCCGUGGCAAUGCUUAAUUAUGAAGCUUCUUACUACCAUGCCUACCAUGCCAAUAUCUACUCUGACAAUGCUUGAAUAUAAUCUUUUUUCGACUAAGAAUGCUUGAAUAUAAUCGGCACGACUUCUCUUUUUUUUCUUUUUAGGAUGAAAAAUCGACGAGACAGCACAAAGGAAACUUGUUCGAUAUUGACAUUGACACGCAAAAUCGAUCACAUGGCAAUGUCGGCAAUGCCAAGUAUUAGCCUUUUUGAAGUGGUCAAGCCAAUCCAUCUUCCCAAGAGAACCUAAACCAAAUUAAAGCACCAGGAAGACUGGUAGUCUUUUGGCUUGUAUUCAGACAGAGAGAGAGAAGACUUAGUAGUUGACCACUUCGGAAUCCGGCCACCCUCUGCCUGCGACGACGAGGCCAUCUUUCCGGAGAGCACAUCAGUUCAUAGAUUCAGUAUCAUCAGGAUUCAGUCCCCUCUGCAAUUCAAGCACCAUGCGUCCAGCAAAUCUCUUUUGCUUAGACGUGACGACGAUGGCAGUGGUUGCAGUGGUACUUGCAACUGCAGCACCGUCCGUCUCCGGGCAGCUCCCUGACUAUCCCACGGCCAACCUCUCGACGCGGUAGGUCAACAACGCCGCGGUGCUCCCGCACAGUAUCACCUACACCGACGGGUCAGCCGUGCGCGCAAUCAUCCUCCGGUCAACACAAACUUUAUAUGGCCCCUCCUUUGCCGCAGGGUUCUUCUGCGCUCCACCCUGCCAAGCAUUCCUCUUCGCUGUCUUCAUCGCCAACUUCAAUAGCGGUUAUGGCUUACCCUUAGAGGAAAACAAUAUGGCACGGGUUAUCUGGUCGGCCAACCGGGCAAGUCCUUUGGGAGAGAAUGCUACCCUUGAGUUAACUGGAGAUGGCGAUCUUGUCCUCCGUGAAAUCGACGGGAGACUCGUCUGGUCGAGCAACACUUCAGGCCAAUCCGUGGCAGGCAUGCAGAUCACUGAGCAUGGCAAUCUGGUGCUGUUUGAUCAGAGGAAUGCGACAGUGUGGCAGUCAUUUGAUCAUCCAACCGAUGUAUUGGUCCCUGGGCAGUCAUUGCUGCAGGGCAUGAAGCUCAGAGCAAAUACAUCUACCACAAAUUGGACUGAGAGUAAGUUGUAUAUGACUGUUCUCCCAGAUGGUUUAUAUGCCUAUGUUGGAUCCAAACCACCACAGCUAUACUAUAAAUAUUUGGUGGACACAAACAAGAGCAGAAAAGACCCAACGAGGGUUACCUUUACGAAUGGAAGCCUCAGCAUCUUUCUGCAGUCGACACAGGCAGGAAAGCCAGAUAAAAGAAUUGCACUGCCAGAAGCUAAGUCCACCCAGUACAUAAGGUUAGAGUAUGAUGGCCAUUUGAGGUUGUAUGAGUGGUCUGGAUUUGAGUGGACCAUGGUAUCUGAUGUAAUCCACAUGGAUGAUGUAAUCGACGUGGAUAACUGUGCUUUCCCCACAGUAUGCGGGGAGUACGCGAUAUGCACAGGUGGGCAAUGCAUCUGUCCUCUUCAGACUAAUUCUAGUUCAAGCUACUUCCAGCCAGUUGACGAGCGGAAGGCUAAUCUUGGUUGUGCACCAGUGACUCCAAUAUCUUGUCAAGAAAUGAAAAACCAUCAAUUCUUAACUCUUACUGAUGUUUAUUACUUUGAUGGCAGCAUUAUAACCAAUGCAAAAAGUAGAGAUGACUGCAAGCAAGCCUGCUUAAAGAAUUGCUCCUGCAGGGCUGUACUCUUCAGGUAUUACCAUAAUGAUUCCGAUGGAGAAUGUAAGUCUGUGACAGAGGUCUUCUCCUUGCAAUCAAUACAACCUGAAAAGCUCCAUUACAACUCUUCUGUUUACCUCAAAGUGCAACUUCCUCCCUCCGCUUCUGCCCCUACACAAAAACGUAUCAAGGUAAGUUUAGGGGCUACACUUGCAGCAAUUAGUAGCCUUGUUUUAGUUAUUAUUGUUGGCAUUUAUGUACGAAGGAGGAGGAAGUAUCAAAAACUAGAUGAAGAAUUAGAUUUCGAUAUAUUGCCUGGAAUGCCAAUGCGGUUUUCAUUUGAAAAGUUAAGAGAACGCACUGAAGAUUUCAGUAAAAAGCUCGGCGAAGGUGGAUUUGGAUCAGUCUUUGAAGGAAAAAUAGGUGAAAAGAGAGUUGCAGUGAAACGUCUGGAAGGUGCCAGACAGGGAAAGAAGGAAUUCUUGGCAGAGGUUGAGACUAUUGGCAGCAUUGAGCACAUCAAUCUUGUCAAAGUGAUUGGAUUUUGUGCCGAGAAGUCAAAUAGGCUUCUGGUAUACGAAUAUAUGCCAAGAGGGUCACUCGAUAUGUGGAUCUAUUACCGCCAUAACAAUGCUCCUCUUGAUUGGUGCACAAGGUGCAGAAUCAUUCUGGAUAUUACCAAGGGUUUAUGUUAUCUUCAUGAGGAAUGCAGGCGAAAAAUUGCUCAUUUGGAUAUCAAACCACAAAAUAUUCUCUUAGACGAGAAAUUCAAUGCCAAACUGGCUGAUUUUGGACUUUCCAAACUAAUAGACAGGGAUCAAAGUAAAGUAGUGACCGUGAUGAGAGGCACACCUGGAUAUCUGGCACCUGAAUGGCUAACAUCACAGAUCACUGAAAAAGUUGACGUCUACAGCUUUGGAGUUGUUCUCUUGGAAAUAAUAUGUGGAAGGAAAAAUAUCGAUAUUUCACAGCCAGAGGAAAGCGUUCAGCUCAUCAAUUUAUUGCGAGAGAAGGCUAAAGACAAUGAAUUGAAUGAUAUAAUUGAUAAGAAAAGUACUGAUAUGGUCUCACACCACCAGGAGGAAGUGAUUAAAAUGUUGAAGCUCGCAAUGUGGUGCUUGCAAAAUGAGAGCAGCAGAAGGCCUUCGAUGUCGAUGGUUGUCAAGGUAUUGGAAGGCGCAGUGAGCGUGGAAAAUUGCCUGGAUUACAGCUUUGUCAAUGCAAAUUCAGUGAUAUCUACUCAAGACAACUCAUCCACAUAUUCAGCUCCACUUUCUGCAUCGAUUCUAUCUGGUCCAAGAUGAAAUAGGCGGCUACUGAGCACAAGAAAAUCCACCGAUCUAUGCACAUCAUAUUUUGUAACUACUUUGGUAAUCUAUCAUAUUUCUUCUUGUGAGAAGUAUGUUUCACAAUGCACUGGAAGAAUAAUUUACUAAUAACAUUUUCUUUAAACUGCAAAUAUGUUUCAUGUUUGAAUUGCCUAUCCUGGAAAACAAACUACUACUAGCUAUCUGAACUGCAUAUCAAUAUUAUCACUAAACCUGAACAAUACA